AUGCCUCAGGGUCCUCCACCAUAUGUAACAAAGAGGCUGCUGGCUUCCUUGUUACGGGGUCAUAAUUUUAUACGUACAAUCAUUAGAAAAACGUUGAGGUCAGCUAGAGAUGCUGAAGACGUAAACUUAGCUCUAGCACUGAACGAAUACCAAACUCACAUCUCUUCCUGUCCAUUUCGACUAACAAAUUUAAAAGUUAGAACUGAUGCAGACUUUAGGAAACCAAUUGUGAAUAUCCGUCAAUUGGUGGAUUAUACCUCAAUUGAGGAUAUAAUGGCAAGUUGGGAUAGGAAACUUCUUACAGCUGCAGCGGAGGGGAAUAUAAAAGAGGUAGAAUUAUGUGUAAAGAACGGAGCUAACUUGGAAUGUAGAGAUGGUGAUGGAUGGACACCAUUAAUGUGGGCGGCUGGGGGAGGACACCUGGAGGUGGUGACUUACCUGGUCACUCACGGCAGUCAGUUAGAGGCUACAACCUCGUUGAGACAGACACCAUUAAUGUUGGCGGCUGAGGGAGGACACCUGGAGGUAGUGACGUACCUCGUCAGUCACGGCAGUCAGUUAGAGGCCACAUCCACCGGGUAUGGACACACAGCUUUACAUUAUGCUGCUAGGAAUGGACAGAUUGAUGUAACAAAAUGUUUAAUAGAUCAAGGAUGCAGUCCUUGGGUGAAAUCAAAACAGGGUAAGACUCCUUAUGAUCUGGUAACAAUAGGAUACUAUGAUGAUGAAGAGGAAAAAAGGAAGAAGGAAGAAGUGAUGGACUUCCUUAAGACUGUCAUGUCAAAGACAUCCCCAGAAGUAACUCCUGACGCCCAUUUACAGGAGCCUGCAGCACCAGUAGUUGAAGAUUCCAUCGGAAAAGGGCAACAGUCUGCCAUGUUAAAUCGUUUAUUAGGGAAGGGCAGCUAUGAAUCAUAUGAUAUGAGAUGCAUGGUAACUGGUCAAUUUUCUGUUGGGAAAACGACUCUUGUGAAGCUGUUAGCUGGGGAUGUCCUACCAGAAGGGCGACAUCCAACUGAUGGGAUUUCUCUGGUAGAAGGUCGCUGUGGCCUCGACAUUCAGUCAAAAGAGUGGAUUCUUGUUGAUCCAGACUCUUACAAUGCCCUGGAUGUUGUGUAUCACAAGGUUUUAAUGACCUCUCUGGAAGAAGAGGAGGAGAGUGAAGUUACCAACAAAGCUUCAGAUACAAGCCCAACUGGUUAUGCCAAAGCUACACUUUCCUCUUUGCCCUCAGAACAGUCUGCAACAGCACAAUCUCUACCAUCUACGAAAUCCUCCAAUGUGCCUCACACAGUAAACCAGAUGGAACAGAAAAUGAGAACAAGAAUGACUAAAGAAGAAAUAAGAAAGAAAAUGGAAAAAGUCCUCAAAAGUGGGAAGUAUAAAAUGAAAGUUGGACGUCUUAUCUUCUGGGAUUUUGGUGGACAAUACGUUUAUUUAACAACACACCAGACCUUCAUGACAUUCCGAGCGUUGUUUCUUGUAGUAUUUGAUGGGAGCAAAGAUUUGCAUGAACAGGUCCCUGAUGUGAUGUGUUUUCCAGGGCAGCACAUGACGCCAACGCCAGCAGUAUUCUUGCAGUAUUGGGUCAAUUCCAUCCUGACCUAUUGUAAGGUUGUAUAUGCAGGCAUUCCAAAGAUUUUGUUUGUUGCCACUCACAAAGACAAAGUACCAUUGGAGAAUAUUGCGACCAGACGUGAAGAGCUUUACAGAGGAAUUGAGGAAUUGUUUAAAGACCACGAGGGAAAACAUCAUCUGGUCCUUAGACCUCUAAUAUUUGUCAAUGCCAAAGAUCAAGCCGACCCAGAAAUAGAAGUUCUGAAGAAAACAAUAACAGAACUAACAUUCGACCACCAAUGCUGGGGUGAAAGGAUGCCGAAUGCAUGUGUUCCACUGGAGCUUGAGAUCGCUGAACUAGUGGCAGAAGGAAAGCAAAUAAUGUCAUUGGCUGAAGUUAAAGAAUUAAAUGCUAUCAGCGAGGUGUCUGUCCUGUCUCCUGAGCAGUUGACCGAUUUUCUACAUUAUCAACAUUCUCUAGGGAAAAUUGUCUAUUUUGACACACCACAGCUAAGAGAUAAUGUUAUCAUCAGUCCCCUUCUUAUGGUGGAAGUUAUGAGAUCUUUUAUUACUGAUGUUGAAUUCUGGCCAAAAGAAGAUAACACAAGAAAAACCUUCAAAAAGAUGUCUGAAAAUGGAAUGAUACAAAAAUUAGACCUCUACCAGAUUUGGGAGCAAGAAGAAUUUUGUCAGAUAUUACUCUUUAAAGAGUACAUAUUUGAUAUGCUGAUACACCUUGAUAUCGUAUCUGAACAGCGUAGAUAUGAUACAAAAACAGGAAGUCGGCUACCAGUAGAACACUUCUUUGUACCCUGUAUGCUUACCCAAAGAAAUGAUACAGAUUUCUUGUCACAAGAAUGUACACCAGAGAGGACUGUUAGUUUGGCCUUUGUUUUUAACGGAACCGUUGUUCCUCCAGCUUUACCGAAUCGUCUCAUUUGCGCAUGUCUCAGUAUGUGGACAUUGAAGCAAUACCGUGGAAGGAAACUUAUGUUUUCUGGGUUUGUUGGGUUAUCAGUUGAUAAAGAGCAUGAUAUCGUUGUCUGUGUAGAAGGAAAUAAGAUAUUAUUGCACCUAGUCCACAAGUGCUCCAAGGGUUUGAUAAUACCUGAUAUAGCCACCAGUGUCCGGGAUUGUUUGUUUGUUACUUUAGAGAGAAUCUCCGAAUUUUAUCAGUUUUCCAUCCAUUGUAAAGCCAGCAGCAAGUUACCCUUCCACACCGAGUAUUCAUGCUCGAAAUUAAACUGUUUCACUUCAGAAAAUAAGAUGGCUUCCGAAACUGAGGAAUCUCUUUGUGAACACGGAGAAAACAUUAAAAAUAACUGGAGUAUUUGGAACAAGAAAAGGGAACAAAAGCAGUGUGAUGCUAAUUGUCCAGGUUUGAGUGAAGAUGCAUUAUCUCAGAUCCCAAGUAACACAGAGUUGCUUCGUCUGUCUAAUCAUUGUGAGGCACAUAUGCUACAUGAAUUGGCUCUCCAUCUUGGAAUGGACGAGAUGGUAUGGAGUGAUAUGGUAGAGAAUUACCCAACAAAUACACAGAUGGUUAAAUUUUUGACGCUUAUUCAUUUGAAAGAGAAUAAUGAAAUCAGUUUCGCAAAAAUGGACAACGGAUUGAGAGAAAUGGAAGUAACAACACAUAAAUUAUGUGUGGUACGUCGAAGAAAACAAGUGAAAUCUGGUAUUCCUGACGAUGUUCUAGACUGUAUUCCAUCAGACGAAAUUUUAGAUAGAUUAGCACCGCUGGUUGGCAAUAUAGUUCUUCAACUAGGAAUAGAACUUGGACUUUCUGUAGAAGAGAUAGAGAGUAUUAAAGAGAAACGUGAUCGUGAUUUGACAGCACAGAAUAAGGAAGUCUUGUUUGCAUGGAGGAAAGACAGAACAGUGAAACCUACAAUACGGGUACUUGAGCAAGUUUUUGUAGAUAUUGGUAAAGGAGCAAGGUGUUUAAAGGAGGUUGUAAAGGACGUUGAUCCCAAUACACUUAAAGCAGUAGAAAUUGUUACAGAUAGAAUCAGAGAAAACGAAAACAGAAUCAUACAGGACAUACAAACCAGCCAAAUUUUAGAUCAUAUGAUGACACAUCUGGUGAUAUCAGUAGAUGACAGACGUCGUAUUGAACAACAUGCUGGACAAGAUGAUCAGAACAAAGCAUUGCUGGAUAUUGUGACCAAAAUGAGAGAACCUGCUUACAGUGUGUUUGUUGAUGGAUUACGUAUUUAUGGAUACGAAGAUAUCGCUAAUGAUUUGAAAUGUGAUUUCAGUCCAAGUCCAACAUCAGCAUCAGCGGAAAAUGAAGGCUUAUCAGUUUGGAAUUUUCCAUUAUAUAAAGUUCGUCUACAAAAGAACUACCUCAAGGUCAUCACUGAUAUACAACACGAGAACAUAGUAGAUCAUCUAAUAUCAAAAGAGGUAUUGUUAGUUGAUGAUGGGAAGAAGAUAGAAUCUGGUAAAACCCCACAGGAAAAGAACAGGAAUUUAAUGGACAUGCUGUUGCGUAAAAAUGAACAGGGAUUUAAUGAAUUUAUCAAAGCCCUACGAAAAGACUCAAUUUAUGCAGAUCUAGCAGAUCAAAUAGAGAAGACAGAAGUUACUAGCACAGAUAUGGCAACCCUUCAUAAAUGCUCAAAAUAAAAGAAAAACUGUAUACAACAAGUUAUAGACAGCUAAGACACACACAUGUAAACAAUGAAUAGAAGAAGGUAUUGUCAAUCCAAUGUUCAAUGAUUUGGUCACUUAAACCGCUAAGACAAACACAUGUAAACAAUGAAUAGAAGGAGGUAUUGUCAAUCCUAUGAUCAAUGAUUUGGUCACUUAAACCAUCAAAGUGAAUGAAUAACAAUAUAUUAUUGAUAACAAUAUUUUAUAUUAAACAUAUGUCAUGUGUGAGUGUCAUGCUUGGCAAGGAAAAAGAUAAAAUAUGUACCCCUUUUACGAGUAUUCAUUCCUGUAAACACAAAUCCCCCUACGAGUGUUCGUUCCAUAACAGAUAUGUUAAUUAUGAAGAAGUCAUGACAUAUUCUAUAUUCAUAUAAAAUAAUUUUAAUGUAUCUUAAUAUAAUUAUUGGGAACCAGUAAUUGGAAAGUUCAUAUGCACUACUGUUUUUUCAAAGGUCAAAACAUAUGGCUGUGCGGCAUAUUUUCAACAUUUAUAUGCCUCAAACUUCCAAGAAUUUAAACCUAUACGAAAGUUAUGUACUUCCUCUUACUUAACAUUUGGUCCUUCUCAGAAUUUAAUUUGGCCGCUAUCCAUGUGUAUUCAUACUGGUAAAGUUCCCAAGAUGUGUCUCUUUGAGAUGAAACAUAGAUAUCAUAUCUGGGAACCAGUAGGUAAACAAAACAUCUAUCAAUAGUAUAUAUCCCAAAAGAGGCGUGGUUUGUGAAACAGCUGUUUUUACAAAGUGCAACCUAAAGGAAAUGUCAUAACUUUAUACAAUAUACUAUAUGUACUAUUUUGAUAAAUUUUGAAUAAAUUUUGAAUAACCUACAUAGCUGCAAUUAGGUUAUUAUCAAUUUCAUUUCAAUCAUAAUUAUGUAUGUUAAUCUCUUAAAGCUGUUAAAGGUUACCUUAAUAGUCAAGUUAGGUCUACAUUUUAAGUCUAAUGAAUGAUAAAGUAUGCACAUAUGAAAUAACUAAUUCAGUGUACAUUUGUAAAUAAAUAAGCCUAUUCAUAAAUAUGCUCUUAUUAUGUAAAUAUAGUUGUUGCUAAGAUAACAUGGUAUUUCACAACGAUAUGCUCUUAUUAUGUAAAUAUAGUU